AUGCAGUUGGGGCUUCAGCAAGAAUUGGUAAUUAGCAAGGCAGCUGUUCUAGACUACCACAGCCGAUGCAUUGCAUACCUGAGGCUCCUUGCCAAUGAGCCCGAUGCUAUUAUGAAUGAGAAUCUAUUGGCAGCCGCAGUGGUUCUUAGGUUUUACGAAGAGCUGGAUUCUCCGUUUAUUGACAUCCCUACUGAUGCCGCUACCCGAGGCCUUCAAGUGUUUAUUGAGGCCCAAGCAAGUCUGGCACUCGCAUCCUCGGGGCUGCGGUAUGCUGCCUUCUGGGUUGGAUUCCGCCAGGAAUUUCAUAUGGCCUUCUCUCAACAGCGACCAUUCGGCAUUCCUCUUGAUAUCUGCGAUACCUACCUUUCCUGGGACCCUGCGCCCGAUCCCGCCUUAGUGAAUCGAUUGUUCAUCAUCGCUGCUCAUGUCAUUCAGUACUGUUAUAACAAUCAAGACCAGCAAAAUCGUUCAAGAUAUGAGGAAUUGGUCUCUCUCUACAACAGGUGGUUGGAGAUGCGACCACCUGCGCUUUUCCCCGUGUAUUCCGACCAGCCAGAACAAGGGAAAGGUUUGAUAUUUCCACAGAAGUGGUAUUUGAAUGAUUUCCACGUGGUCGCUGGGCAAAGUGUCGGCUUGGUGGAUAUUCUGUUAACCGCCUACGACCCAACAGUCGCAAGAAUUGGACCUAGUCAAAAAAGAGCCACUGAGUCCAUAGAUGACAGGCUGAAAUCUACAGUUUUGGAUAUCUGUGGAAUCGCACUUUCCAACCGCCAGGAGCCCACUGCUCUUUUGACUGCCUGUAUUUCUAUUGCCAUCUGCGGAGACCGGUUCACGGAUCGGAUAGAACAAGAGGCGCUGAUGGAUAUUGUGAUAAAUUCGGUACGAGAUAAUAACUACUGGCCAUCAAGUGCAUUGGGGGAAAUGCUGCGAAAGGCUUGGGGCUGGGAGACUUCAUAA